AUGCCCUACGCCGGCUUCCAGGCCUUCAUCCUGUGCGGGCCCGGCCUGUCGCUCAACACCUUCACCUCGAAUGUCGCAGACUACCCCAAGGCCCUCGUGCCCAUCGCCAAUCGCCCCAUGGUGUGGUACCCUCUGGACUGGUGCUACCGCAUGGGCGUCACAAAUAUCACCCUGAUCACACCUCCCGAAAGCGCUGCACCUCUGGAAUCCGCCCUCGCCCAAAACCCUCACCUCACCAGCCUCCCUGCUCCCAAGCCCGAACUACUGUGUCCCAAAGACUUGACCCAGACCACUGGAACCGCCGAGAUCUUCCGCACUCCUGAAGUCCAGAAGGCCAUCAUCUCCGACUUUAUCGUCCUGCCCUGUGACUUGAUCUGCGACCUCGAGGGUUCUGCUCUGCUGCAGUCAUGGAUGGUGCUCGAGGCCGGUCUUGGAGGCGCUACUGGUGGCAUGGUCGACGGUCAGGCUGUACCUAUGACCAUGGGUGGUGAAAAGAGCGGUCGCAGAGGAGGUCUGGCUGUGUGGUACCCUACAAAAGGUCUCGAGGGCGUCAGCCAGAAGGGCGACGAGACCGACUUGGGUCAUCUCCGUCCUCAUGUCGAGAAACUCGUCUUGAGCAUCCCCACCAGUACCGUCAAGGACAUUACAGAAGAACAAAAGAGCUUCCCUCUGCGCCACGCCCUACUACGCCAGCACGGAAAGGUCAAGAUCAAGACUUCACAUAGAGAUGCUCACGUCUACUUCCUGCCUUUCUGGGUCAAGGACAUGAUCAAGGAGAACGAGGCCUUCGAUUCCUUAUCCGAGGAUGUCAUUGGCUGGUGGGCAAAGGCUGGCUGGCAGCAGGGUUUGGCCGACAAAUUGAACCUUCGCAAAGUACUGAGCGACGCUCCCUCUACACAAGACGCCGAUGAUAUGAUGAUGGCGAGCAGCAUGCAACUCGACGAAGAGGUCGACUUGGCUGCCAUGAGCACAACAUCAAUGACCCAGCCCACUUCAUCUGCUUUCAAACGCUCACCAGACACUUUCGCAUCACGCGUGCCUGGAAACCUCCAAACAGACAACGAGCCCCAAGAUCCGUUAAUAGUCCCUCCCAUCUUGGCUUACGUCCAGCCUCCUCUUACCGACCCUACUAACCAACCACUCAUUCGUCGCGUCGACACUUCCUCCCUCCUCCUUAGCAUCUCUCUUCGUCUCGCCAAACUACCCUCCGUUGCAGAAGCCACAGCCACUGGCCAAACACGAGUCAGCGAAGUUGAUUCACUGGUGGCCGAGAAUGUCACGAUCGGCAGCAGAGUUAACAUCAAAGAGUCUGUCAUUGGUGUGGGCUGCAGCAUUGGUAAUGGCGCAAGAUUGACGAGGUGUCUGCUCAUGGAAGGAUGCACUGUUGGGGAGAACGUCACACUCACCGGCUGUAUUGUGGGCAAGAGGUGUAAGAUCGAGGGAGGUGGUCCCAAGGACGAGGACAAGACUCGUCUGACAGAUUGCGAAGUACAGCCUGGUUAUGUCGUCAAGUGGGGAACCGAGAUGAAGAACGAAAAGUUCAUGGUCUUCGAGGGUUUGGGCGAAGACGAUGGAGAUAUGGAUAUGGAUGAUGACGAUAUGGCGUCCGGAGACGACGACGAUGCUGCAUUUGCAUAA